GUGCUUGCAAAUGAUGGCCGUGUUGUACAAGGUAGCGAUUAUUCUCACCAUAGCGUCCGUGUCUAUCGGGCACGACCACAAACAUCACAUGUGUCCGCCACCAUUUGGGAUGAAAUCAUUUGAUGCCGACAAGUUCCAGGGUGACUGGUACCUGGUGUCUCAAUAUAUGAAUGUACCAUUCGGGCCGGAAGAAAAGAUGUGUCUACAAUUGAACUACAAUCCUUCCUGGAGCGGUGAAGAGCCUGAAGUGGAACUUACAGUGAAAAUAAAAAAGGAAACUGAACAGACGAACAUGGAGAUGCGGUGUGUUCCUGCUGGACCCCCCGGGCCGCCUGGAAAGGGAAGUGCGGUAUCAGUGUGUGUUCUCAUGAUGAACGAGACCGAAUGGUACCCAACACUGCAGCACCAGAUACUGUCCACUGACUACACCAGCUACGCAGUGACGCAAAUGUGCCUCGUGUUUUACGACCCGCGCGACGACGAAUUUCGGCGAAUUUUCUUCGUCGAUGUGCUGUCUCGUCAGCCGUCGAUGCCCAAAGAAGAGCUGCAGCUUCUAAAGUCGAUCGCCAGCGGUGGUGACGCAGAUAUUGACAAGUUUAGAGACGCCGAAAAUGUUGGCUGCUAAACGGGGAUUGACAGCUUGUACAAACCUACCUUGCAUGAAUAAAACCACUACGAUUGAAGUGAAA